AUGAUAAGCACUGAAUACACUGGUCCAUAUUUAACUCGUUACGAAGGUGUUGGACGUCCGUUGGACAACAGCGAAAAGUUGGUUCUUUACGAAUUGGUGACACCACAGGAUUCUCAAGUUAUGCCUACAGAUAAUUAUGAGCAUGCUGACACAACGACGAUAUCGAGAACGUUCCGCAGCUUCAGGGGCGGUAGCGCUAAGAGAAGCACCAAUCGUGGAAACAAUGGUAUUGUGAAGAGGGUGAAGAAGCUCUUCGCGUAA